CAUAACAUUUUGAGAUGAUCUCCUUCUCAAAUUAUUAUUAUUAUUAGAAAAAGAAGUAGUUGACGAGGUGUGGUGGUAGCACAGAAACCGCAGUUUCAUAAUCACCCAUUUAACAGAAAGACAAACCCCUGCAACUGCAACUUCUUCACUUUUAAGAUUGGAACAUCAUCUCUUCUCUCAAUUGUUUUGACUGAUACAAUAUCCAGGUUUUGCAUCAGACAUGCACAUAGACCAUGGAUAACAUUAGCAUCAAUAAUUGUUGUUCUAGAUGCAUUCGACUACCUGCUCAUUCAGACAAUGUUGCAUUUGUCUGAGAGAGGCGAUUUGCAACCGAUUAAUGUGUACUUCUGUGUCAGGCCUAGGCAGUUGGCACCUAAAGCAGGAAAUAUUAAAAUCCAAUGUAUGAUUCACAGCAACCUUCUCCUUUUCUUCCAGCAUCAGCUUCAUCUAGUAGUACUGGCAGGACAAAUUUAGAUGUGAAUGGAAGUCACGGGUCUAGUUUUUCAAGCACAAAGAAGAGAAGUCAGGGAAGUCGUUCAUGGAUAAAGAUUGACCAAAAUGGGACCUCAGAGAUUUUGCAGCUUGAUAAGGCUACUAUAAUGAAACACUGUUCGUUGCCAGCCAGGGAUUUACGUCUUCUUGACCCCUUAUUCAUUUAUCCAUCAACCAUAUUAGGACGGGAAAAGGCUAUUGUUGUCAGUCUUGAACAGAUCAGGUGUAUAAUAACAGCUGAUGAGGUUAUUUUGAUGAAUUCUGUGGAUGGUUGUGUUGUUCAGUACAAUUUGGAAUUUUGCAAACGCCUUCAGACCAACAAAGAUCAAGCUGAUGACCUGCCAUUUGAAUUUAGGGCUCUGGAGCUGGCUUUGGAAUUAACUUGCAUGUCUCUUGAUGCUCAGGUAAAAGAGCUGGAAAUGGAGAUAUAUCCAGUACUAGAUGAACUAGCAACAUCUAUUAGCACUCUUAAUCUGGAACGCGUCCGUAGAUUGAAAGGCCACCUCCUUGCAUUGACACAAAAAGUUCAGAAGGUUAAAACAACAGUACAUGAUGAGAUAGAACAUCUCAUGGAUGAUGACAGUGACAUGGCUGAGAUGUACCUUACAGAGAAGAAACUGAGGUCGGAGGCUUAUACCUCUAGUGAUGUGUGUAGUCAGGCCAAUUAUUCUGGCGGGAACAGAGUGGCUUCAAAAUCUGCACCUGUUUCACCAGUGGGAUCAGCCAAGGGAUCCCAGAAAUUGCAAAGGGCAUUUAGCAGUAUUGUGAGUUCAAGCAAAUAUGGAAGCUUAAUGAGCUCAUCUAGUAGUGGGGAAAAUAUUGAUCAACUCGAAAUGUUACUUGAAGCAUACUUUGUUUUUACUGACAAUAAUCUCAGCAAGUUGUUAUCGCUAAAAGAAUACAUUGAUGAUACUGAAGACUUUAUCAACAUUAAAUUGGGCAACAUUCAGAAUCAACUAAUUCAAUUUGAGUUGCUUCUGACUUCAGCCACCUUUGUUGCUACAAUAUUUGCAGUUGUGACUGGAGUGUUUGGAAUGAACUUUGCAGCUUCAAUUUUUGAUCACGCCAAUGUAUUCUAUUGGGUUCUGAUUAUAACUGGUUUUACCUGCGGAUUCAUGUACCUGUCUUUCUUGUUGUAUUUUAAACACAAGAAAGUCUUCCCAUUGUAAACCACAGAAAUGUCAUCUGCUUUAUUAAAAGCUUCAACGACUUGUAUGUUUUUCCAGAGCUUCCUCAGACAAAUUUAUAACCAUGAGUCAUCAUCCUCAAUAGUUUUCUUCUCUGGAAGCUGUGCUUUGAUGGGAACAAGAUUCUGCAUUGCCAUACGAGUCUCUUUCCUUCCAAGGAAUUACACUUUCCACUUCCAUAGAAUGCAACCUUUUCUGGCUAUGCUCAAGAGCUGUUUCAAGUUCAAUGAUGAGUGCUUCUAGCCUUGACUGAAUAACUUUAUGAAGUCGAAUACUUAACUCUUGAGGUGACACAGCAUAGUUUUCUUUAUCAGGUCGAUCAGUGGAUUUCCCUCUUACUUCAUGGUCUGAAUCAGAUAAACCGCCUGGGUUCCCUUUGCCCUUUUCUAGUUUUAGAUCACCAUGAACAACAUCUGUGUCAAAAUCCGGAUUCAUCUGUAAACAAAAACCAGAGACUGUCAAAUUCUUUGAAUUUUGAACUUGUUUUAGACAAA